ACUUCUGCCUUCUCCUAUCUUCAAAUCUUACCUGGAAGAACCUAUUCUGCUUCAUCCCUUCUGCACGCACUCCAUAAAUUCGUCAUUAUUUUCAUUUAAUUCGCCCAUCAUGAUUGUUGUUGUUGUUGUUGUUGUUAUAGCGUCCUUCCUCCAUUAAAAUGCGAUCGCUUCUUCUCCCCUUUUUUACGUUUUCAGUUCCUGAAAUCCCUUUAUAGGGUUUUCUCCCUCUUUUUUUUGUUUUUAAUUUGGGGGUGAACCCCCUUUUUCGGUGAUUUCUCGGCGUCGGCGUUGAUGGGUGCGAGGACAUGGCAGACGGGGAUCCUCUUGUUGGCUUUCUUCGGGAGACUAACGUUUGCCGCCUCCGAACCAGUUCCGUUUUGUCCUAAGGACGACAUCGCUGGUUCGAUCUUUGGGUUUCGAGACCAGAACUGUCCCAUAAACCAUGAUUCUUUUGAAUCUUUCGAUUUCAUUGGCCUUACCGAGGGAGAUGAGGUCUCAUUGCAAAAGGCACUUAACAUGGUUUAUGAGAAUAGUCAUGAAUAUGUAGCAGUGCUUUUCUAUGCAUCAUGGUGCCCCUUCUCAAGGUCUUUUAGACCAAGCUUCUCGGUCCUUUCUUCUUUGUAUCCUUCAAUCCCUCAUUUUGCAAUUGAGGAAUCAUCCGUCAGGCCAAGCAUUCUCUCGAAGUAUGGAGUUCAUGGGUUUCCUACCCUUUUCCUUUUAAAUUCUACAAUGCGGGUGCGUUACCAUGGAUCAAGGACACUUGGUUCUCUAGUAGCCUUCUACAGUGAUGUUACUGGUGUCAAGAUUGCAUCUCCGGAUAAAAUAUCCCUGGAAAAAAUUGGACAUCAUUCAAAUCAAGAGAGGCAUAAUAGCAUUGAGCCAGAGACCUGUCCAUUCUCGUGGGCAAGAUCUCCUGAGAACUUGCUUCAACAAGAGACCUAUUUGGCCCUUGCCACUGCUUUUGUGCUUUUGAGAUUGCUUUUCCUUCUCUAUCCAACUAUGCUUGUGUUUGCACAAUUUGCUUGGAGACGGUUCAUUAAUAUGAGAUUCUGCAGUUUGUUGGAGCAUUCUUUGGCCUAUCUGAAACGAGGGCAACUGUUUAAUUCUCUGAAGGAACCUCGCAAGAGAAGAAAUUUGCAGGAAGGAGCAAUGAAUGCCAGAGCAUGGGCAUCCAAAUCUCUUGCGACCGUUUCCAUAGGUGAUGCAAGCACCAGCAGAGGUGCCCUAUUGAGUGAAUGUCGCUGACCAUUUCAUGGAAUUGGAUAAGAGGUUUUGGUAACUUCUACCAAAGCAAGCACAACAAACCCCUCAGUGCCAGCACGUUUUUGUUUCAGAUUUUAAUGAACCUCCAUUGCAGGAUCUAGAUCAUGUUAUUGUGUCUUGACAUUGCAGUUAGUAUAUUUUAAAUCUGUCAAUAUUUCUUAGGAUACAAUUUCUUUGACUUUUGGAUAAGCUAGACUGAGUUGUGUAUAGCUUACAUUCCAAAUAACGAAGCAUGACGCACCAAACCCAACUUUUCAUGGCCACUCAGCGUUCUAUUGCUUCAAGUAUGUUGUAAUUCAUUGACUUGACCGUGGAGUACAAUCAGUUUGAUUGGUUCAUGUAGAAUUAAAUAGCAAAGUAUCAC